UCAAAAUGGCGACUGAAAUGUGAUAUCGUUCUGACAGCAUACCAAAGAUCAACUAUUUUCGUAAUAAUUUUGCAGUAAUCAAGCCUCUAACAGAUUGGUUUAAAAGUCGACUGUAAAUAACUAAUCAAAAUGGCAUCUGGAGGAAGAAGUAAAGCCUUCUCUUUAUCUAAGCUACCACAGUCUGAUCCUCGACCAUCACGAGGUAGCUGGCAGAAAACAUCAGCUAAUUCAGAUGAUCAAAAUGAAACAGAACAGCAGCAAAUAAAUUCCAGUCAGAAGAAUCUUCAUAAAGAAGUUCGUAUCAAUAAUUGGGAUUUCACUGACUGGAGACCAAACUCAGCAUCAACUGAUUCCAAGAGACGUAAAAAAUCCAAAGGAAAUCCAGAACGCGAGCGUGAGCAGUCCUUAUCUUUAGAUUCGCCACCGCAAAGGGAUAAGAAGCCCCGAACUCCAUCGUCGUUUCCGCGAACCAAGAUUGGACCAAGCACACCAACAUCCCAGAGACGAGCUCUGGAAAACCUGAGAAGUCGAAUGACUUUUAGUGAAACUGAUGAGGCGAGUACUGAUGGUGAAAGGAACAAUGAGAGAGCUGUUCCAAUUGGACGUCGACAACCACCUAACUUUACCCGACAAGAUACGACUAGUACUGUAGACGGGGCGACGUUACACAUGUCCUUACCCAAUAGGAACAAUAACAGAGAUGAAUCCAUGUCAGAUCUUGAUAGUAACCAGAUUGUGGGAAGAUUAAUGCAGAUUAGAGAUUAUAUAAAACAAGCGAAUACGAUGAGAGAUACCUUAAAUAAAUCAAAAGAAGCUCAGGCUAAUAAAGAUGAUAUGGGUAAAUUGAAGAAACUUGUUGAUAAUUUGAAAGAACAGGAACGAGGUUACAUGGGUCUUUUGCAGCGAAUGUUGGCUAUUAGAGAUGAUGGUAUCAUAGAGAAUGGUAAUGGUUUAUUACACCCGAUGUUACCAGAUGGCGAUGAUGAUGGUGAUAAAACAGGAUCAGAUGAUACAGUUUCGGUAGAUUUAGAAGUACAAACAAAUGCAUCUGAUACAACUACUGAAGAACGUACGAACAGUUCCUCAUCACGACCAUAUAUAGAGGGUAAAUUAGGUGAUACUGAUGAUGAGGAUGAAGAUGGUGAUGGUGUAGAUGUAGAAGAAAGACAAAGUUCGAAAGGUUCAACGAGUAUGGAUAAUACCCUCGUAGCACAACGUAAUACACCUGCAGCUGAAUGGGAUUUCGGUGUGGAUGCUUUACAGACGGAUGAAGUUUUACCAGGUCAGUUAGAUGCCGCAAGAACCAACGAACUAGCUGCGUUACAACAACAGCAAAAUUUACUCAAAAUAUUGUCUGAAAAACAAGAACAGCUGCGAGCUCUACAGGGAAGACAGGAUGCUUUAAUGGCUAUGCACAAAGAAGCUGAAAGAAAACUGGUUGUAGCACAAAACAAGGAAAAUAAAGCAAAAGCCUCUGUAAAAUUAGCGACGGAAGCUGUACAGAAAGCAAAUAAUCCUAAUGUUAGUCAGAACGGUGAUAUUGGUGGGGAGGAGAUGGCGGACCUAGCUUCUACGGGGGUACAAUUUGAACAACUCAUGGCCAUGAAAAAUAGACUUGAGAUGUUGAAGAGUGCUUCUGCAGAUUUAGCAGCCGACGAGCAAGAUGAUAAACCGGUGUCUGGUGAUGAAGAGGCUGGAAGACAACAGCUACAAAACAAGCUGGAAGAUCUACAAGGCAAAAAACAACGAAUGGAUGAUCUGUUGAAAGAACUUCAAACUUUACGAUCCCAGAGAUUUGAAACUCUCUUAAAUGGCGAUGGUGAAGGUGGAGCCAGUGGUGAUGCUAAUGGUGGUGCUACAGCUAGUGCUACAUCAUCACAAGCUAAACUCAGUGAAGCUCUCGAUACAUUAGAUCAAGCUGAUAAUACAGCCGAUUCAGCUGAACAAGUUCUUAGUAUGAUGGAUGCACAGAACAAACUCGAAAAAUUACAGGAAGUAAAAGAGAGAUUAGAUCAGUUACGUGGUUUAGUUCAGUAUUAUCAUGGAGCGAAAACUGUAGAUCCUGACACAGUAGACGGUAUCGACCAGUCAUCUGUACCAGCUUAUAGCGAUUACGGUGAAGCUGAAUCAUCUGAAAAUACGCAACAGCGUCAUCCAGUAGAUGUAGAAAAGGUAUUUCAGUCCUCGUUAAAUGCCCAGAAUCUUAUGAACCCACUGGGAGGUAUUUCACAGCCCUCUGCUGGUACACAAUACGAGUUAGACUCGCAACAAUCCGACGAAGAUAAUGCAUCUAAUAAUGAUUCACAGAUGUCUAGUCUAGGUCCGUGGGGAGAUGAACCAGAAAUCAGAGAAAAAGUCAGACAACUGAAGGCUACAAAAGAGAAACUUCAACAGUUACAAGAUUUGGUUGCCAUGGUGCAACAAUCUCCGGAAAUGGCACAGACUUUACCAGAUAAUAUCGUAGAAUUAGCGGGCAGCAUGGAGGAAGAGAGAGGACAAGAAACAAGACAGAAACAAGAUAGAAAUAUUUCCAUCAGUGAAGGCGAGGUACCAAAUCACGAUGCUCAGAGUGAUAUAACUGGAGGAGAAUCUCUGUUGUCCGUUAAAGAUCAAAUAAAAGAACUGAGCGAAUUAAAAAAGGAACGGGAGAGACUCCUCGCUAUCCAGAAUCAACUUAAAGAACUCAACGAACAUUUUGAAGAGGAAGAUCAUGAAGAAGACGAUGAUAGAAACCCAGAAAAUAAAAAACGUGUCCAAUCAGAACCUGGUCCCGUUGUUACAUUUGCUUCUAAUGAUGAGUUGUACAGUAAAAUGAGAAAGCAGAGAAUGUUGCGUGAAGAAUUACGAUCCAAGAAGAAAGAAUUAGAAGCUAUUAUGAAGAAAGAUCGAAAUAAACGCCAAUAUUUUAAAAAUCAAGACAAUCAAAGCGAUACAGUCUCUUACUCUACAGACGCUUUUGGGGCGAGUGCUAGUGCUGAUGCUACAAUGGCCACAUGGGGAGGAUCAACCGUUGAUAAUCUGGAAAAUAUAACAGAAACAAGAGAUGGUGAUGGUGAUAAUAAUAACGAUGAUGAUGAUGAUGCAUAUUUGAGCGAUGGAAUUGUACAAGUAGAAGAAGAGGAAGAAGAAAAUGAUUCGGAUAAUAAUACGUACACGAUAGAAGCUGAUGCCCGACAACGUCGUGCAGCUCGUACUAAACCCUCCCCUACACCUGAUGUACGACCCAAAACACGUAAAACAGCCUCAUUUCCUAGAGCUCUGGCUGUCCGAGAAGAAGCUUCUGGAAGUCAGAGAGCAAAACCACAGAAAAAACGUCCAGCCAGAAAAACAAGGUUACAAAGAAGAUCUAAACAAGAGAAUUAUAGAUCAGCUGAAGAGAUUGUACGAGAUGUAGAGACCGGAGAUAGUUCACGAUUAGACGCUAUACAGCAACAAGUUGAACAAACCUUUCUCUUAUUACAAGAACAGCAACAAAACAACACGCUACAGUCAGCAACGUCUCCUAAUAUCAGUGGUGUAUCUAUGGGUAAUGGUAUGAGACAAGGUGGUCUGCUACCAGCUGAGAUGUUACAACAACAGAUGUACCAACAACAGAUGAUGAUGUCAAUGAAUCAGUGUUACCAACAACUUAACAUACAACAGAUUGAGAUGCAGAAUCUACAACAUCAGUUACAACAGAUCAGUUUAUAUCUAACGGACACGCAUCAAACUCAGAACCAAGCAGACGAGUUAACACCCGUAGCGUCAUCUUCCACUACCAUUCCACCAAGUCCAAACUUCUCUCAUCAAUCGACAGCACGUCAAACUUCCUUCACCUUGAACCCUCAUUUUCCAGCAUCCUUCUCACAGUUAGAUUCAGUGCGACAAUCCACACAUCUUGAACCUUCCUCAGUCAGUAGAAGUCCCGCUCGUCACGAACCUCCACAGCCUCAAACCAACAACUUACGUCCAAUCCCUCCACCGCGAGUUCAGUCGUAUCAGCUGAACAGCAACCUCAAUAACCGUAUGUCUAGAGACGGAGAACGCGAUGUACGAGCCAAGAUUAACACAGAUGAUUACAUCAGAUCCAAGAAAACUAAAGAUAAUCAGACAUCCAGCCCUAGAGACGGAGCUAGCUAUGACAGAAAUCAGGCUUAUGAGAGAGCAAGUAAUCGAAUUGGUGACAGUAGGAGAAGUCGUGUUAGUAGGGGUAGUUACAGACAUGGUGUUGCCUCGACAGUUGGUGGUUAUACAGAUACGAGUCUGACAGGAGUCGUCUCAGCUCGUCUCCGUGAGAGUAGAAACAGAGAUGGUGAAGGAUCAGAACUGUCAUUGUUUGAAACGUUACGGGAGACGAUUUAUUCUGAAGUAGCAACAUUGAUUUCUCAAAAUGAAACUAGACCUCACUUCCUGAUAGAAUUAUUUCGCGAGUUACAGCAUUUAUCCAAUGAUUAUCUCCGACAGCGUGGAUUGUACGCGGUACAAGAACUUGUAUCACGAACGCUGGCCACGGAAGAAGAUCCUUUAGCUGUACAACGAUCAAGAUGGCUUCGUACAUUUACAACUGGUGAUGAUAAUUUAACAGCAUCAGAACUAACACCUAGUGAAAGUUUUAUAACAUCGGAUGAUGAACAGGUGAGAGAAUAUACAGAGAAGAGGAAGAAGUUAAAACAUCAGGGAUCAAUAAAAAACAACCCAUACGAUUAUACAGAACAAGUCGAGAAUACAAGUUCUUUAUCAACGCCAUCUACAGGCCUGAUAGAAUCACCCUUUGCUAACGAAUCUCUCGGUGAUACAGUUAUACAUUUAGAUAAGGCUUUAGAACGAAUGAGAGAAAUGGAGAGAAAAGAAUUAGAGGAAGGAAGAUUAAAUGAACAAUCGUUAGAGAUAGUUUAUAAUCGUGUACGUGAAGCACGGCAAGCAGCACGUUUAUCAGAACAACAACAAACCACUGCUAGUCUAGAUCAAACAAGUGAAAGCUCUGUACCAGAAAUAAUGUAUUCACGUAUCAACAGUAGUUUAAUAGAUCAGCAGGUCAAACAGAUAAUAACGGAAGUUCUACCCGUUGUCAAGGAACAUGUUGAUGAUGUCUGCUCACCUCAACUACUCGCUUAUAUAAAACGUCUGGUUCUGUCUCUAACACGACAAAAUGACAGUCGACAGGAAUUCACAUCCUUCUUUCACCGUCAACUCGGCUCUAUUUUACACGAUUCCCUCGCUAGGUUUGAAGGCAGAAAAGUGAGAGAAUGUGGAGAUGAUUUACUAGAUGAUAUGUCAGAUGCUCUUUAUGACGAGCUAGCGUUUUUUAGAAUGAUGCAAGAUUUAAAUCAACCUGGUUUAAACAAUACAACACAAUCCAACAAGUCUAGCAAGACGUCCAGUCCUGAUAAAUCUCCAUUACAUCGACCAGUACGACCUAUUUACACCAAGAUUGAAUCUAGGGGUCAAAGUUCAUCAGAAGAAAGUGAAGAUGAUUCACAGAAUAAUUUACGUGUUCCGGCCAGAGAAGAGGAAGAUCUGGGAAAGGAGCGCGAUGAUGAGCUGGCGUCAGAGAUGAUGAUUCAAGAUGGAGAUGAUAAAGAUCAGGAAACGGAGUGGCCGUACAAAACGUCAUCAGGUGUUAAGAUAGAACUGGCUGUUAGUGAAACUAAACCAUUUACAAGGAUCGGUAGUGACGAAGAUGAUGAAGACAGUGAUGAAUCUCACAGUGCUGAAGAUCCUUCAGAAACGGCCGUAUCUCGAGAUGCCAAAAUGUCCUCCCAACCAAUCAAUGGGGAUAUUAGUCAGGAAGGGGAGCAGUCUUCCCUAGAUAACCAACAGGGGAAGACGGAACAAGAUGGCGAUGUUAAAGUCAACAAUAAUACAGAUGUUAAACAAACGCACAUGGUGAAUGGUGAGAGCGAACCUGCUGAUGUUACUAUAGAUGAUCUUCCUACAGCAUUAAAUAUAACCUGCUCAAAAGAUACUGAGAAGAUGGCAAAGGAAGAGGAAGAAAAAUUAUCUGUUGACGCUGCUAUUGUGGAAUCCAUGGAAACAUUUCAAGAAUUAGCUGGUGAUGGAAAUGCUUUAAAAGAUCCAGAUAAUUUUGGAAAAUAGAUGAAGAUUUUGGUCAAAAACUUUGUUUGAUUUAUAAAACUUAAUUGAGUUAGUUAAAAAUGAAAUUAAUUAGAUCUAGUUUAUAUUUAUAUAUAUCAUUGUUCAACUAUUUUAAAUAUAUGCAAUUAGUUAAACUUCAUAUCACCAUUCCCUGUUCAUCAAGAGUUUUUUGGCUGAUUUAAAAUUAUUUUGAUUUUCCGUUGACUAGACUGAAAACUAAUACAACUUGUUAUUUGGGUUUUGUUCCUUGUAGUACGGUCAUCCUCCAUUUACUAUUGAACUAUUCAUUUUAGGGGUUGGAUUUAAACAAAUCUUUAAAUGGCACUAAGUAUAUUGUUUGUAAGAUCUUACUGUAAAGGGUAGUUGCCAUGUAGACACUAGCUCCCCUCUCAACCAGCAGAUCUUUAAAAAGAACAGCCCUCAUUAAGUUGUAUUUAUUGUAACAGCUGUUUUAAACAUAAGAUCUUGUAAUAGAAAAGUGCUUUUUCACCAAACCUCACCUUCCUUGAGAAUAUCAUAUUUCGGCAACGUACAGAAAAUUGUGUGCUACAUGAAAUUACCUUGCACUGCCCCAACCAAUACCUAAUUAUAGCUGGGUUAAUUGGAAUGUAAGGGUAAUGCGGCACAGAUACUGUGAGAGUGAAGAUCAACCAUGUAGUUCUAGAUUUAAUUCACUAACUGCUGUUCUGUUUCCCUCCCUCUGUAUGAUGUUGGUUAUUGUGAAAAAUCCCUCUUGUGUUAUAAAAUGCUGUAUAAUACACUUUGAUUCAGAGAUUUAUUAAUAUUUCUAGAAGAAAUUUAUUGUACAGGCAUAAUUUCUUGUUGUAUGGCUUGUAAUAUAGGUUCGUUCUCUGUAAAUAUACAGUCCUCCCCCAUGAGGUAUAUAAAUUCAUUGUAUAUUAGUACCAAGUUUGUAAAUUAAGCCACCCACAGAACAAAUGUUUAUUAUUGGGUGUUUAUAUUAAACAAUAACACAACAUAGUGCCCUGUUGAUAGUGAUGCCCUGUUGAUGGUAUUACAUUGAUAGUGUAGUUCUAUUAAUGGACAUACCCUAUAAAUGCCCUGUUAAUGAUUGUUAUUUGACUUGAAUUGUUUGAUAGUUUGAGUGAUAAAGAUAUUUUGCGGAACACCUUGAUUGUUGAAUGUAUAUAAUGGUGAGAAAGUUGUUUGAUUUGAUUCCAUCCAUGCUAACAUGUGCUUUAUAUAUACAAUGCUUACUGAUUGACUGACUGAUUUAAUUUGAGUUAAUUUUGUGGACAAAUUUUAUCUUUUUCAAUAAUAAUUUAUAUGAUGAAGAAUAUUUUAAUAUCUACAUAUUGUCACAAAAUAAUAAAAUAUGUUUUUGAUAUAAAUUAAGAUAAUUUUAUUUGAGUUCAAUAUUGUGUCAAAUCCAAAAUCAUUUUUAAUUAUAAAGAUAUUUUCUUUUGAGAGAAUAAGUAUAUCAUCUGUUUAAACAAGCUGAUAUUUAUCUGAAAUAAUUCCUAGGAAGAAUCAAAUUGCAUAAUGAUCCCACAAUAAAUUGAAUAAGUUAUUUAAAGGGUGUCGACCACUGUUUUUUACCACCACCUGUCGUUAAAGACAAGACUCAUCCGUUCAUCAUUUUGCAAGGGAAGUUCUAAGGGCAGGUAACCAAGAGGUCUGGAGUUGGAUCCUAGGGAUCCCAGUAUUGGCUGAGAAAGUUCUCCAUGAUUUUUCGAGAGUAGAUUCCCCCUUGCCUAUGGCAAUCUCUUUUUGUUCAAGGCAAAGCUGGUAUGUGGGUGUAUAUGGAUGCUUUGUGUGGCUUACUUUACAAAUGUGAUUAAGUUUGUCAACAAAAUUGCCUAUGUAUAUGUUACUACUUGUUCUAGAUUUGUUAUUUUUGUAUUUUAUGAUGUUUGGACUAUUUAUUGUCUGAAUGAAGUUGAGUUAACUUGCUUUAUUUAAUAUAAAUUAUAAUCUUGGCAGUGUGAACAGUGUUCUUUGGUUUAUUUAAAGAGUUGUAAAAUUAUGCUUCAGUUUGUGUUCAGUCUUCAUUAAAUAUCCUUUAAUAUUUGCGAUUUGCCGUGAAAGCAGUUGAUUGUAUUUACUGACACACAUGUAUUUUGAGUUCAGGUGAUAGAGAGAGAAUCGUUAGCUGUCCAGAGUCAUUUUUGAUUGGCUAGUAGUUCUAACAAAUCCAAGUCAUUUCUUAUUGGCUAGCUGUCCCAACAUAGCCCAGAGUCACUUUAUAUUAAUCUGUGGCCCAAACAUAGUCUAUAAUUUUUUCCUGAUUGGCUUGUGGUCCUUAGGUAUUCCAGAAUUAUUUAUGAUUGGCUAGCUGUCCUAACAUAGUCCAAAGACAUUUCUUAUUGGCUAGCUGUCAUAACAUAACAUUGGCUGGCUGUUCUAACAUGGUACAGAAUCAUUUCUGAUUGUCUAGCUGUCCUAACACAGUCCAGUAGCCUACAUGUUUACAGAUGUACUCCUGAUUGGCUAACUGUCCUAUCAGAGGUAUUUCUGCCCUCCCCCUUCCCGUAAUUAUAGGUGCUCUAUUUAUUACAUGGUUGUCAGUAAUUACAACAGAUUGGUUUAAUAUAUUUAUUAGUUUUCUGAGUUUUUUUGAAAAUAGAAAUAUUAAAAUGUUCAUAAAGAUUCAUUUCAAUUAUUUUGACCAGUAAUAAUAAUCCCAUAAAUUUAGAAUUUGACCAUAAAAUAUAAUUUUAUCUGUGAAAUAUCAUAUUAUACAUUGAUAUAUUAAAGUUGUUAUUUAAUGAG